ACGAUUAUAAAUUAAUCAAAUAUAAAUGAGGGAGGCUUAUCUAAUUAUGGCACAAGCAUUGCAGAUUAGUUUGAAAAGUUGAGCUCUGCACUUUGAUGAAACUUUAAGAUUCUACCAGUAUAUUGCAUUUAAUAUUAAAACAGCGUAAUUUUUGUGUGCACAAGAUGUCGGAAAUAAAAAGACUGUCUUAUGACAUUGAGUCCCUGAUUGGGCCGAGAUCACAGACGGAAAACGAAGAAAAGGAAACAACGGAAAGCCUGCCUGACAGACCAGCAGAAAAGUUCAAGUUGAAUUCCAAAUCUGCAGUCAACGAUUUGGCGCUACCGACUGAAUACGCAAGAAGGUCAAAGGGUUUGAAGAUACCUUCAUUUUAUAAAACAUAUUUUGACUUUCUAAAUACGAGCAAAGAGCACACGGCUUCUGCGUCAUUUGGAGUCAAUAUACUUAAUAAAAUAGCUGCCUCCGGCGAAUACGGGAGUACGAGUACCGAAACCGGGGAUACAAUCUAUGGGAAAAGUUUGGAUGAGAUUGGUCAAAACAUAUACGGGGAAUCCUCAGUAUACCAGCCAAAUGACAUGACUGCAAGAGACGAAAAUUCUGCUCAAUUUGAAACAUAUGCUCAGAAAACUGGUACUUCAUCUGGAUUUGCAAAAGCAGAAAGCUGUGAAAGAGACAUGUCGUCUGAUUACGAGAGAUGUAGGAAUAGUGAAGAGAUACACAAGCGCAAACAGCGGCGAUAUAGAACAACUUUCACGAGCUUUCAGUUAGAGGAACUUGAACGGGCCUUCCAGAAAACACACUACCCUGACGUCUUUACAAGGGAAGAACUAGCUAUGCGCAUAGAUUUGACGGAGGCUAGAGUUCAG